AAAAUUAAGUACAUUAAACAAUCGUUUUAAAAAAAGUCAAAAUAUAAAAUUACCUUGAGCAUUUUUUUUUGCCAGUACCCUGUACCAGCAAGAAAUGUUUUACCAGUACGCAUUACCGGGCCGUACCGGCAGAUCGCUGGUGGUUAUGCAACUCAGUCCUGCACACAGUUAAGCAUAGUUCCAGCAUAGUAUAACAAAAUCGGGGGUGGGAAUAGUAAUUAUAUUUCAUGUCGAACGGUUAUUUUUAAUUUUAUUGCGCGUCAGCGGAGUUGCUGUGGUAGGUUUGGUUGCACUUGCAGCGCAGAAGAACAAGGCUGACAAACGUUUUUACUUGUUGUAACCACAAUUUUUCGCUACGAACUGGAUGCUACUACUUUCGUUUAGUUCGUAGGAUUCUUUGGCUCAAAUUACGGUGUAGAACACACCCACUGACCUCUGUUUUGACAGUGACUAGGAAGUCAGGAUCUGAGAAGACAAGUUUUGUGACACUGACACAAGGUACAGUAUUUUAGCUAGCAAUGUUGUAGUAAACUCCUUGAAGCAUCAGAGACGGAUUACAAUGCCAAAGAGAAAAGAGAAGACCCCGUCUGCGGCUAACCAGAGGAAAAGAUUACGGAUUGAAGAGCAGGAAGGAGUAGCCGGGGAUGAAGAGGAUUCAGAGGACCUGGAGCAGUUUCAGCAAGAGGCAUACCAGUUUUCCAACUCGAGUUUGGGAGAGAUUGGGAUUGUCGAAAGCAUAUCUCUGAAGAACUUUAUGUGCCAUUCUUUGUUGGGGCCGUUUGAGUUUGGUUCAAAUGUGAACUUUAUUAUUGGAAACAAUGGAAGUGGAAAAAGUGCCAUACUAACAGCUCUUAUUGUUGGUCUUGGAGGAAAGGCAACAACUACAAACCGGGGGUUAUCUCUGAAGGGAUUUGUGAAACAUGGACAAAGUUCUGCAGAUAUCACAAUACGUUUGAGAAACAGAGGAACAGAUGCCUUCAAAGGUGAUGUCUACGGUGACUCCAUUGUUAUAGAGCAGCGCAUCACAUGCGAUGGGAGCCGGACAUGCAAGAUAAAGAGCAGGCUAGGGCAAGUCGUUUCAACUAAAAAAGAGGAACUCACUGCAAUAUUGGACCAUUUCAACAUCCAGGUGGAUAAUCCAGUCUCCAUUUUAAACCAAGAAAUGAGUAAACAAUUUUUGCAUUCUAAAAGUGAAGCAGAUAAAUAUAAGUUUUUCAUGAAGGCAACUUUACUGGAACAGAUGAAGGAGGAUUACAUUCACAUCAAGCAAACUAAAGCAAUAACACGUGACAAAAUAGAAACACAAGAAGAGAUUCUGAAAGAUCUAAAGCAAGUUUAUUUGCAAAAAAAGGAACGUUAUGAAAAUUUGUCCUCAUUGAAGGAAAUGCACAAGAAUGUAGAAGUUCUGAAACAUCAGAUGGCUUGGGUUCUGGUAAAGGACAUUGAAAUCCAGAAACAAAAAUUGAAGGAACAGAUUGAAAGGGAAGAAAACAAUGACAAAUAUAAAGUGAAAGUUGAACAAUGUCAGGAUGAGGUUCACAAGGCAGAAAGGAAAAUCCAAGAAACUCAAGACCAUUUGGAUAAGAUGAAAGAAGAGACUGAUGUUUUGCAGUCACAGUGCGCGUCUUUAAAAGAAGUUGCAAAGACGCAGAGCAAAGCUUAUAAUGUACAAGAGGCAGCUUACCGUCGCCACCAGAACAAGCUAAAGCAAAUGGAGAGAGAACGCAAUCUCUUACAGGAGAGGAUUGAGGAGCUCAAAACUACUGUGACCCAAAACCUGGAAGUGGAACAUUUGGAAAGACUAAAUGAAAUGUCUACACUGCAGAAACGCCUGAAACUGUUGAAGGUGGAGGGCAAAGAAACCAGUCAGAGAAUUGAGGAACAGCAACAGUCUCUUUACAAAGAGAAAGAAGAGCUUGAUAAACUCAGACAAGAAGAAAACAGAAUACGGUAUUCUUUAGAUUCAAGUGUUAAGAGGCUGAACCAAAUGAAGGCCGGCAGAUCUAAUAGUCUCAGGAGAUUUGGGGAACACAUUCCAGAACUACUUGAAGCAAUAAAUACAGCAUAUGAACAAGGCCGGUUUACAAAGAAACCAGUUGGCCCCAUAGGGGCAUGCAUACACCUAAAGGACGCUAGCCUUGCAGUCGGUGUUGAAAGUUGCUUAAGAAGUUUUAUGAAGACCUUCUGCUGUGAUAACUACAAGGAUGAAAAGGUCCUCCAGAUGAUCAUGUCUCGAUUUUAUUCAAAGGGAAACAGACCUCAGAUUAUUGUUACCUCUUUUGCAAGCACUCCAUAUGAUGUAAAGCAAAGAGGUGUUUUCCACCCAGAAUUCCCUUCUGUGUAUCAAGCCUUGCAUAUACCCAACCCUGUGGUGGCUAACUGUCUGAUUGACUUGAGGGGAAUAGAAACCAUUCUGCUGAUCAAAGAUAAUGACGUAGCUCGAAAAGUAAUGCAGUUUGGAAUACCACCUAGAAAUUGUCGGGAAGCCUUUACUGGAGCUGGUGACCAAGUCUAUAAGAACCGCUAUUACUCAAAUGACUUCAGCAGGGCAAAAUACCUGGGUGCAGAUUUGGAAGAAGAAAUUGGUGUCAUUGAGUCAGACUUGGAGAACCAGAAGGCCCAGCUAUCGAGAUUUCAGCUCCAUUCAAAUUCUGUGAUUGAUGGCAUCAAGCUGAUGGAAAAAGAGUUGCAGAUCCUCAUUGCCAAAAGAAAAAAACAACAGGGAUGUAUAACUCCGAUUGAGUUAGCUAUAUCAGAACUGGAAAAUAUAGAGGAACCCCAGUCAAUGGACAUCAGUACGCUGGAAGAAGAUGUUCAAGAUCUCCAGAAAAAAAUAGAGUCUGAGCAAGAAAAGGCAAACUGUGCAAAGAAAGACAUGGACAAAGAAAGAAAGAUUAUGGAGGAUGCAGAUUGCAGCUACCAAGAUAUGAAAAAUAAAAUUGCCCUUUUAGUUGAAGAAACAGAGCCAAUAAAGGAAGAACAAAUGAAAGCUGAAGCAGAUGCUAAUAAACUUGAGCGCCAAUUAAAAAAUUUGGAAAAGAAGCUAAAUGAGCAUCAAAACCACAUUCAGGAGUUACAAAACAAGCUUGCUGCUAAAGAAGAAGAAUUGCAGGAUAGUAUUAAACAAGCUGUCCAGAUCUGCCCUGAGCGCUUGCACGUUGAACGGAGUGCGAAGAGUAUUGACACCGAGAUUAAUCGCUUGAGGCAACGUUUAAACACAGAGCAGAAUCGACAUGGAAACCAGAAUGAAAUUAUUGGGGAAUAUUUCGAAGCAUUAAAUAAUUACAAGGACAAUUCAAGCCAGGUGAAGGACUUAAAGAGGUUCAUAGAUCGACUUGAUAACAUCAUGAACGAGAGACAGGCGAGAUACAAACAAAUGCGACGGUCUCUUUCCCUCAGAUGUAAAUUCUACUUCAUUGAUUUUCUUGAUACGCUUAAAUGUUGCGGAUCUAUGUCAUUCGACCACAAUAAUGAGGCCCUUGCAAUCUCAGUGCAGCCUCCAGGUCGAGAGAACGGUGGCAUGAGUGACAUGCGCUCCCUCUCUGGGGGAGAGCGUUCUUUCUCAACUGUCUGCUUCAUCCUCUCCCUGUGGGAAAUCACAGAGUCUCCCUUCAGAUGCCUGGAUGAGUUUGAUGUCUAUAUGGACAUGAAGAACCGAAGAAUUUCAAUGGACAUGAUGUUGAAAUUGGCUGAAUCACAGCACCUCCGCCAGUUUAUGUUUAUCACGCCACAAAGUACCAGGACUUUGCCUAAAAGCAACCUUAUUAAAAUUCACCAGCUAAUGGACCCUGAAAGGGGGAAUAAGCAACAAAGUGAAGAUGAGGAAGCUAGUCAGAAAUCAUAGUUUAUACCACGUGUUGGUUUAUGGUAAUUAUAAUUGCCCUAUUAAGAGGUAGAACUUGUUCACCCUCUGUGAGAACUUGAUAGGUUCAAGUCAUGUUUUUUACCCUUGCCUGGUAAUCCACUGACUAAUGAAUAAAAAAUAAAAAACAUUUGACAACUGUAAUAAAAUUUCAAAGUAAUAAAUAUUCAAAUUGUACAUUAUAGAAGAUUCUUGUACAGUACUGUAAUUGUAUACUUUUAUAAGUGCAUUGCAUUAAAACAUUUAUUAUUGAAAGGUGAUUUUAUGUAACUGUGACAAUAAUCAUCAUCAUCCUGAUGUCAGUGCAGUAUUUUGAGAAGAGCAUGGAAACUUGCAUACAGUGGUCGAAAAUUAUGUUAAGGGCUAAACAUGGAUUUUUUUUCUACUGUAAGAAUUAGUAUUAGGAGCAGUGGAAAAGUAUUAAAACAUGUACAACUUGUGAUUGUUCAAAGACUACAACAGUGUUACACUAGGAGAGAGAGAGUGUGGAGACUAAUGGCUAAGGGCAGUUCUGAAGUUGCAUGUCCACAACACUGCUUUGAUUGUGUUUUUUUUUUUUUUUCUUUUUGUUAUUUUAUAAAAUUAUUUGCAUUGUUUCUUGCAUGCUGUUGCAUGGAAGUUUAGUGAUUCUGUGAUUCCACUGUUACUCAGGCAGCCGGUAGGAUGAGGGAAUAACCCAUAUUCACUCAGGGGACCCCACUCUUGUGGCUGCCACAGAAUCUCUUCAUUUCCAUGGACCUGACAUGCAAGAUGGGUUUUGUGGUAAAUAAUACAGUCAUGUAGGUAACUUUGGACAAAUGGAAGUUCUUCGUAGAAAUCCACUUGAUUAUAUUUCUGGGUUUGUUCACAUUUCUACCAUUUUCUUUAUCAUAGUAAAAUGUUCAUUACAAUUGGUAACAGAUCAGUCAAGACCAGAUACAGGAUUAGAUUUAUGGCAUACUUGUAAUCAGAUCCACUCAUCCAGUUGUGAUAACAUGUUGUAUAUUGUAGGUAUUUGUUAGCAUAAAUUCAUUCCCCACCACACCCCCAUACAGUAAAUGCUUUUAACAUUUUGUAAACGUUUGCCUUUUUCUAUUGUUUAAUAUAUUUUGUUAUCAUUGUUUUUUUCUAUUUG